AUGCUGCAACCCCGGAUAUGUAGUCGCCUUCAGUCUGUGCAGCUGUGCGCCGCCCUGCGCUCUGCCCGUACCUACGCACAGGUCCAUGCCGCCAGUGUAAAGCAGCCAUCAUCACCACCACCAUCGUCAUCCAUACAGCCCGCCGUGGCUGUCGAUGCUGCUACACUCAAGCAGGAAGGCUCGCGGAGAGACCGAUUCAUCCCUCUGCGCACAUACAAGCCCCGCACACCCGGAUUGCGCCAUCUCAAGCGCCCCGUCAAUGACCACCUGUGGAAGGGACGACCGUACCUCAAGCUCACCAUUGCCCGAAAGGGACAGCACCUGGGAGGAAGGAACAACACCGGCCGGGUCACAGUGAGACACCGCGGUGGCGGUCACAAGAGGCGCAUACGCAUUGUCGACUACAAGCGCUACCUGCCUGGCAAGCAUAUCGUUGAGCGCAUAGAAUAUGACCCCAACCGAAGCGCACAUCUUGCCCUCCUCACACGCCUGGCAACCGGAGAAAAGUCUUACAUCAUUGCUGCCGAUGGCAUGCGCGCUGGAGACGAGGUCGAGAGCUACCGCAGCGGCAUCCCCAGAGAGCUGAUUGCCAGCAUGGGUGGUGGCAUCGAUCCCGGUAUGCUGGCUGCUAAGACAGCGGCCCGAGGCAACUGCCUUCCUAUUCACAUGGUGCCGCUCGGCUCCCAAGUCUACAACGUAGGCUCCAAGUCUCAGGGCGGGGGCGUCUUUUGCCGGAGUGCAGGUACAUAUGCCAUUAUCGUCAACAAGGAGGAAGUAGAAAAGGGCAGUAGCACAGAGAUUAAGCACGUCAUCAUCCGGUUGCAAAGUGGAGAAAUCCGCAAGGUCAGCGCCGACGCAUGCUGUACCAUUGGUGUUGCCAGCAAUCCACAGUCACACUUUACAUCCCUUGGAAAGGCUGGACGUUCACGAUGGCUAGGAAAGCGACCCGAAGUCCGCGGUGUCGCCAUGAACGCAGCUGAUCAUCCCCACGGUGGUGGUCGUGGUAAGUCAAAGGGUAAUGUUCAUCCCGUCAGUCCAUGGGGAACACCCGCAAAGGGAGGCUACAAGACAAGGCACAAGAGGAACAAGCACACCUUCCUUGUUCAAGACCGACCGCGCAAUCAAGGAAAGCGCAGGUCAAAGUAG